CCACAGUGGAGGCGACCAAUAUAUAUAUAUAUAUAUAGAUAUAUAUCUAUAUAUAUAUAUAUAUAGAGUCGCUCAGUUUUCAUUUGUCGUCCACAAGAAACAAUCCCAAAAACUAUUCAAACACAUCGAAUGCUGAGCUGAAAGUCUCUCUGUCUCUCCUCCAUGGCCUCCUUUCGCAGGCUUCUUCCCCUCCGCUCUUCCAUUCUUGGGAAUAAGUUUUCUCAUUUUGGUACUCGAGAAGGGUUUGGAGGAAAUUUUCGCAGCUAUAAUGCGAGUGUGUCGCCACAACAAAGAGUAUUGAAACUUGAAGACGAAGAUCAACCCGUGGAACUGAGUAAUUUAGAUGUUGAUGACGAGAUAGCCAAAAUUCGGCGCGAAUUCGAUGCCGCCAAGCAGGGUUUUUCCAAAAUUCCUGAUGCACUGAAGGGAAUGGCUAGGACGAAUCCUGAAGGUAUAUAUGUGAACAAGAACUUGAGAUUGGACAAUAUACAAGUUUAUGGAUUUGACUAUGACUACACUUUAGCGCACUACUCGGCUAACCUUCAGAGUUUGAUAUACGACCUUGCAAAAGAGCAUUUGGUCAAUGAGGUUUGUUCAAGCAUAUUGAUCGAUUGCUGUUAUCUAAUGUUGUCAAUGGCGUGUGUUAAAUUGUCAAAAGUGAAGUUUCACUCUGCUUUAUUUGAUUUUCUGUUCUUCCAGCUCAGAUAUCCAGAUAGUUGCUUGGAAUUUAAAUACGAUCAAACCUUUCCUAUUAGAGGCUUGUACUAUGACAAACUAAAGGGAUGCCUUUUGAAGUUGGAUUUCUUUGGGUCAAUUGAGCCUGAUGGGUGCUACUUUGGUAGGCGCAAGCUUAUCCGGAAGGAAAUAGUAGAGAUGUAUGGUACACGACAUAUUGGCCGUGAUCAAGCACGUGCCCUCGUUGGUUUGAUGGAUUUCUUCUGCUUUAGCGAGGCAUGCCUUAUUGCUGAUAUUGUACAACAUUUUGUUGAUGCUAAGCUGGACUUUGAUGCUUGCUAUGUCUAUGAAGAUGUAAAUCGUGCAAUUCAGCAUGUUCAUCGAAGUGGCUUGGUUCAUAGAGGAAUUCUUUCUGAUCCCCAGAGAUACCUAGUUAAAAAUGGUCAGCUGCUACGCUUUCUCAAGAUGCUCAAGGAGAAGGGGAAGAAACUAUUCUUGCUGACCAAUUCCCCCUUUUAUUUUGUUGAUGGAGGGAUGCGUUUUAUGUUGGAGGAUUCUUUGAGUCAUGGAGACUCUUGGAGGGAACUUUUUGAUGUUGUGAUUGCUAAAGCCAAUAAACCAGAGUUUUACACGUCUGAGCAUCCAUUUCGUUGUUACGAUGUAGAGAAGGACACCUUAGCUUUCUCAAAGGUGGAUGCGUUUCUUCCAGAUAAAGUAUACUACCAUGGGUGCCUUAAAUCCUUCCUCCAAAUUACGAAGUGGAAUGGCCCUGAGGUCAUAUACUUUGGGGAUCACCUAUUCAGCGACCUUAGAGGGCCUGCAAAAGCAGGGUGGCGUACUGCUGCCAUCAUCCAUGAAUUAGAAAGUGAGAUACAGAUACAGAAUGAUGAUAUUUAUCGUUUUGAACAGGCAAAAUUUCAUAUAGUACAAGAACUACUUGGCAAAGUCCAUGCAACCCUAGCUAAUAGUGAGAGAACUGAAUACAAGUCUCUUUUGGUGGAGUUAAAUGAGGAGAGGGAGAAGUCACGCAGCAAAAUGAGAAACAUGUUUAAUAGAUCUUUUGGAGCUACCUUCCUCACUGACACUGGUCAAGAAUCUGCUUUUGCUUACAACAUCCAUCAAUAUGCUGACGUGUAUACCAGCAAGCCAGAUAACUUUUUGUUCUAUCCACCUGAGGCAUGGCUUCAUGUACCUUUCGAUAUAAAGAUCAUGCCACACCAUGUGAAGGUUUCAUCAAGCUUAUUCAAGUCUCAGUAACUAUAUUUUAAUUCAUCAUUGGAUAUGGUCAGUAAAUAAUGCUAUUCUCUCUGGUCUUUGGUUAUACAUAAAGCAAAUGAUCAUAUGUUCGUUCUCCAUGGUCGGUGGAAUCAAGCUUAUAAAGAGGCGAACGUCAUCAUAAUGUGCAACAUGAUUCUUCUUUCAUUCUUUGAGCUCCGUAGCUCCAAAAUGUGAACCAUUGUUAAGUUAAACCAAAUAUUCUAAUGUAUAUCCAGACUGUGUAGAAAGAGGAUCCAGAUUUUUUCUUCGAUACAAAUAUUGUACAUAGGAUUAAAAGUUCCAUUAUCAUAUUCAAACGAUUCAAUUAUUUUGCAAUGGAGUUUUUAAUUAUAUUA